CAAUGAGGCCAUCAGCUGGGAGCACGAGUUAUCCCCUGCGCUAUGCAUGGCGAUCUGCUCAGCGACAAACCUCUGAUAUCAUGCAUGCACUGAUUGUUCGCCCUCGGCCCCUCACUGUUAAUGCCGCAGUCAGUCACACGGCGGCUAAUACGCACCACAGGCCAGCUCUCGUCUUCCCUGCACAGCACACACUGCAAUGCCCGUUGUCUACCGUCCUGGGCGGCGCCCCAGGGAGGUUCCUCCGAAUCCAGCACGGGCGUGUUGGCUGCCCUGCAUUAAGUGGCGGUGGCGCGAAGUGACUGUAGCAGCAGCAGGAGCCCUCAACAUUGGCGUGGCGGUAGCCAGUGUGGCGGUGUCGGCAGUCUACCACGACCGCUGCCUCCUCCACCCACGCGUACCCUUCGGACUGGCCAUGCAUGGAGCGGCGCAGGUGGUGGCAGUGUUCGGGUUGGGUCUCGGGGCUGACGUGACAGAACAACUGCAGUACAGGUUGUACAGGGCGAGGCUACGACAGCGAGGCAGAAGGAACAAGAAAAAAUCUUUCCUGUACCGCAAGGAACACCGCGUAUACAAAAGCCUCAGCGUGGACAACGUGCGGAGAAAGACGUUCGGCUUUAUUCCCGACGAACGAGCCGUGAGCGGACAGGCUGAGGCGAUGUGGUGUGUGGUGGCGCGAACCUUCACCGCCCUAUGCACCUCGCUGGUCCUGCCGCUCACUCUCCUCGGAACCAUCGAUAUUUAUGGGUUAAAAAGUCGUGCCAUUCCACCAGCCUGCCACCAUACACUCCUCAUCUUCUGCCAAACUAUCUACUCUGCUUACAAUGUUCUCUAUCUCAUCAUGCUGCUGAUGUGGUUUUGCUGCAUCUCAUGUGAACCCAUCGUGCGGGGCCAUGCCAACCUUCCCCCCAAGCCCCCUCCCAUCCCAAAGCUUUCCCCAGAGUUUGAGGAUCGCUACAAGCACCCACCAGGCUGGGCAUGGCUGUGCUGGCUGCGUGGGUUGGCUGGCCUUAUCUACAUGUUCCUUGCCCUCCCUAUCCUAGAGAUUGGCAUCAUCUACCUACGGCUCUGUUCUCCACACUAUAUCGUGCCCGGCUGGCUGCUGUGGCAAGGAGCAAUAUCAACAGUAUGUCUAGCAACCCUCUUCCCCAUAUACUGCUUGCCCCUGAAGCUUGGCACCAAAUUGUUUGCUUCCCUCCGUGUCAUGGCCUGCAUCCUGGCUGUGGCUGUGGUAGUGUGGCCUCCUCUAGGCUUGCUGUCUGUGCUGGCUGGCUGGAGGGAGAGACAAGAUAUCAUCCUCAACACCUUGGGCUACUGCGACCCAGAGUUCCAGCUGUUCACAGUGGUGGUGGCAGCCAUUCUCAGCCUACCCCUGACCUGCCUCCUCUAUGCUGCCUGUCUCCUCCUCAUUGCCAUGGUCAUUGUGGGCAUUGGCAUUCUGCUGUUCUGGGGUUGCUGUGACGAGGACAUCAGCAGUGACGUGGGAAUGGUGACACGCACACAUGCCAAAAUUUCUCUAUCCAGUGCAGAAUGUAAUGGCCACACCACCAGGCUGAACUCCCAGAGAGGAAGUGGCACUGAAGGGGAGGAGUGGGGCUAUGAUAGGCAGAGCAUGGGUAUUCUGCCUAUACAUAAUGGAGGCCAUCUCUGAGACUUCAAGCAAAGUUGUCUCAGGGAAUAAGAUUAGAAAAAUGCAUGACCAUAUGUCACCUCAUGCCUGAUGCAGGACCUGGUGUUAGCAUCUUACUAUGAGCAGAGGCAAAUUAUGGUGAUAACAUGGAAGAUGGAGUGACCAUGUGAACAAAUUAUAAGAAAUGAUAUAAUUCACUCACCAAGUCCAAGACAACAUGGCAAGAAAGUUAAUGCAAUGAGCAAGUCAUAAAAUGUUCACUGAUGAACUUCACAUCCAUUUCUUCUGAAAGAUCUUUCAAAACCAAACAUGUAUGAACAUUAUUAUCUGUGUUGUUAUGACUGUCAUCCAUUGUAACAGAUGAGGACUAGUGGAGGCUCUUUCACUAAUGGUAAUGCAUGAGACAAAUAUGUAGUGUUAAUGAAUGAUGAAACAAAUGCUAAAAUUCACACUGGAAAAAAAAUAAAAACCUUGAUAGUACAAAUGAAGCCUUCCAAGUUACAUCCUUCAAGCAUCAUAUGUACUGUACCUAUAUUACAGAUAUCACACAAUGGCAAAGAUCAGCUAACACCAACAAUGGUUCAAACCCAGGAGCACCCUGUGUCAGGCGUGUGUGAUGACCAUUAUACCCAUGCCAUUGUAAUAUGUACAAACAAAGCAGCUGUCCUUCCUCACACUGGCACAACACCCAGCCAUACAUCUGUCUCACUCACCUGGCGUGUGGGUGUUGCUGAGCCUCGGGUCUUGUGUCUCCCUCAGGUGUCUGAAGGAGAAACAUGUCAUAAUAUCCAAUGGUCUCAUUACAGUCCAUGACCCUCCUCACUACUCAAGAUUCUCUCACUCACCUCAACAUUCAUGACAUGCUCUUUUGAGACAGCAUAUCUAUGCAUGAAAGAAGUGUAUGGCACAAUGCUGGGUAAUGAAAUAAAAUCUAUGCAAUGUUAACAAAACUGGCACACUCACAAUCAUAAGGAAAAUGUAUAGAUGCAACAAAUUGUGAUGUGAGGUAAGUUUUUGGAAGGUAAAGUUAUUGAUUAUGAUGUGACUGACAUAAAUGGAGGAUUAAAGACCAUACCUACAGUAAUGCAAUGAGUUAAGCGUGAAUAAAUUAUGAUGAAACAGCAAUGUCAAUCUGUAAAUCCCAAAUACUCCUUCAAGGGAUGGCCAUGACAGGGAAGUGGGACACUGCCUCAGAAAUGUAGCCAAGAGCCAAACAAGACAAUGGUGAUGUAAACAAACAGAGGUAGCAGUGAAUCAUGUACACUGAGGUUGUAUGGGCAACAGUUAGUACUUGGUAAUACUAUAAUGUAAUUGGGGAAUAUAUCACUAAAUUAUAAGACACUAUCUCUACUUUGCUUUGAGCCAUGGAAAUGAAUUGUGCCUAACUUUCAUUCUUUACCCUACUUGUGGGACUUUCAUGGCAGCAGGGACAGAAAACAAGUACUGUAUACAUGAUGACCAGAGUAUAUGGGAGAGUCUGUGGGGUUUUGAUAACACUCUUGAAGUCUUGAGUGAAGAAUUAUCUUGAUCACCAAUCCAUUUAUAUUCAAAUUUUUCAUCAUGUGUAUAUAUUCU